GCACGUGCGAAGCUGAAAGAGGCACGCCUAGAGAAGGUGAGAAAGAAACAGAUACCUCGAGCCACAUCGCGCACCGCCAAACCCGCGACCGCCCGAUCGCUCACGCCAGGCAUAUCAUUGGGACGUGUGGGCAAGAAAUCGAAUGCAGUGGGAAACGGCAAAAGG